AUGUUCAGGAUUGCACCAAGCCUAAGAUCUCUUCGUUUAGCUGGAAACAAUAUUAGAUUGUUGUCCUCUUCAGUGCCAGAACAAUCGAACAAAGUUAGCAAAGAGGUAAGUGUUUCUUUUGGUUUUGUGUUUUUAGGUACAAAUGUAAUAUUAAGUAGAUUCUGUAGAACUAAUUAAAAGUGAUAGAAGCUAAAGAAGGUGUUGAAUCUUAUAGUAUUCAUGCUUUUAAUUUAUGUGUGUUUUUAGGCAUUGAUAAAGUUGAGACAAAAGACUGGAUUCAGUUAUGUUAAUAUUCGAAAAGCUUUGGUCAAGUUUGGAGAAGAGAAUGAGGCCGAAGCCAUCAAAUGGUUGAAGGAGUUGGCUGCUAAGGAAGGAUGGGCAAAAGCUACCAAGUAUGUUGACAAAAGUUUUAUUUUUUUUUAAAUUUAUUAAAUAAUGAAUGUUGUUGUAGACUAAGCAAACGUGUGGCGUCUCAAGGAUUUGUUGGACUCAAAUCUCGUAAUAAUGUCGCAGCUUUGGUUGAAUUAAACUGUGAAACUGAUUUUGUAGCCCGCAGUGAUGAGUUCAAGAAUUUGGUAAGUUUAAAACUUUUUUAAGGUUAAUUAUUUUAGGUAUAUUUUUAAGACUACAAAGCGGUUUUACGUGAUAUCUCAAAACAACUUGCUAAAAAUUUAACCUUUGGUUUAAUUUUUAGGUAGAAGAAAUAACGAAUGCAGUUCUGAAGGCUGGUGAAGAAAUUGCUAGUGAGAAAGCUCCUCCAGAGGACAAGGAAGUUGUGGUUGUACCUGUUAUCGAGUCAGCUUUACACACUGAUAAAGGAAGGAACAUUAAGGAAGCAGUAACAAUGUUGGUCGGAAAAUUGGGAGAAAACAUUACUCUGAAGAAAGCUGAAAUCUUGUUGGCCAGGGAUGGAAUGAACGUCUAUGGCCAUGUUCAUCCUAAUGGUAAAUAUAAUUUAAUAUAAAUACUGAUUUUUCUUUUUGUAUACAACGUUUAUAUUUAUACUUUGUUGAAGAAGUUAAUAAUACCAUGAUCUUUCAGUUGGAACAGGAGAUGUUCAAAUCGGUCACGCAGCUUCAGUGUUGGCUCUAACGCGUGAGAAUGAAUCUUCUUUUUCAACUAACGUAUUGGCCAAUCAGAUAUGUCAGCAUAUUAUUGGUAUGAAGCCGACUGAAUUGGGAAUUCCAGCUGAUGAACAUACGAAGAAGAGGAACGAACAUCUCGUGAAGAAGGAAGCUGAACAUGUGAGCGAAGAUGACGAACUCAACGCAUUCCAGGAAGUCGCGGUAAGUUGACAUUUGUUAUUAAAAGUUCAUUGUGAUUUAAAAGGUAGUAAAACAUGUUGGAAGAGUUAAAAAAUUUAGUUUUAAUGGUAUUUUUUGAGGGUAAUGUCUUUGGAUUGACAUAUUUUUGAUUUCUAUAGCUGAAGACAUGGUUAAUAUUGAAUUAAGACAUUUUCUAUAGUAUAACGUGAGAUAGGUUUUUCUGGAAGAUAUUAUUUUGAUGCAAAAGUAAAUUUUCUUGAACCUUAUGAAACCGCAUAGUUGGAGAGUAAAUAUACAAAACAUUUGUUUUGUCGUAGAGAUCAAUCAUCAGGUAUCUUUUAUAAACUUUCGUAUAGCUAUUUUUAUAUGGUUUUAUAUAAAUAUAGUAAUAGUAUAGACUUUGUUAUAUAAUAUGUAAACGAUGGUGUAUAUUAAUCUAUAUAAUAAUGUAAAAUAUGAUAAACUAAUGUUUAGUAUGACUUAUCCUUACUUUAUAUUUUUUUUGACACAGAACAAUAUAUUGACAAGUGGUAUAAACGUUAGUAUAGCUAUGUUUGCUAUCUUUCUAACUUACAAUAGUCAGAAUAAACUAAAGUUUGUCAAAGGCAAUAAACGAUGUAAACUUUAGUAUAGUAGAAGUUUCAAUACGAUUACAAAAAGUUACUUUGAGACGAAUUAUAUAAGUGUUAUUAUAGUGUUUUGAUGUGAGUUUUUGAUGGUAAAUCAUUUUUUUGAAUCACUUUUUAUUUUUUCUUGAUAACUCACUAUUUUUUAAAUUCAGAAGCCAUUUUUAUAUCAUUUACUAUAAUAUUUACUGAUCAAACUUUACUGUGUAAUCACUUAGGCCUACAUUUUUAUUGUGUAUUCACUUUCAGACCCCAUACAUUGACGAAGAUGAGACUCAGUUACUGCGUCAGGCCUUCUUCUUCCACCCAGAACAGACCAUACACGAAUACCUGCAAGGACAUUCAGCACAAGUCCAUUGGUUUUUGCGGGCGCAAGUGGGCGGCGGCCAAGAAUAG